GCUCAGCUCAGCUCGUGUACUUACUGGUGUUAUUAAUGGCUGUGGGAGCAUCCAGUCUGGUUGGGGCUGUGCCACAUUGCCAUGACCCUCCUGCUUUGAUGGUGAACUCCUGCAUCCUCAGGGGGAAACCAGCCUGCUGGAUGCCAGGCUGUGACAUGCUAUGAGCCAAAGGCUGGCAUGAGCAGCCCAGGAGGGUCCCAGGCAGAGUAGAGUGCUUGUUUCAGUGCCAAACCUGGCAGUGUGUUGACAGGGCUCAGCACCCACCUCUGGAUGUGUCCCUGUGGUUGGAAUCUGGGCACAAACCUCUUAUCUCCACCUAUCCACAAACUGUGAUAUCCAGGAGGAAGUAGGGGGCACAGUCCCUGUGGAGAGGGAUUCUCAGGGGCUUUUGACAUUAGUGUGUUUGGUUUGGCAGUCACUGGUCCUGCAGGGAAGCCACUUGGUGGGUGCUGUGGUGGGUCCCUGAACCACACAGCAGCAAUUCUGUGGGAUGAGAGGGCAGUGCCAGCUUGGUGGGACUCCCAAACCCUAAUACUGGGGGACACUUGUCUUGGUUUAUCAAGGAAUAUCCAUGCUGGACACUUGCAACAAGGAUCAUGGUCUAAGUCCUGAAUCUUUCAGUCUCACCCCAAAGAUGCCUGGUGCUGAGGGUGGGCUGUGCCAGCACAGUUCCAAACCACCCCAAAUAUCAUGGAGGGCCCACGGUGGUACCAGACUCUCUUCAUUCCACACUGCUGCUGUCUCAGAUGGGGACUUGCUGAGCAGAAGAAUCAUAGAAUCAGUCAGAGUUGGAAGGAACCACAAGGAUCAUCUAAUUCCAACCCCCCUGCCAUGGGCAGGGACACUCUACCCUAGAUCAGGAUGGUCAGAGCCUCAUCCAGCCUGGCCUUAAACACCUCCAGGGAACGGGCCUCAACCGCUUCUCUGAGCAACCCAUUCCAGAGUCUCACCACUCUCAUGGUGAAGAACUUCCUCCUCAUGUCCAGUCUGAACCUAUCCAUUUCCAGCUUUGCUCCAUUCCCUGAUUCCCUGAGCUGCUCCAUGUCCUGAUUGGAGCAGACUCAGCCAGUUACUUGAUUUUUUUCCUAUCACUGUUAUUAUUUUUUACCCUUGGGUGCCUGCCACGCGUCCAUGCCAUACAGUAGUGAGCCCAGCUCUGUCCCACUUCCAUGUUUGUCUAACUUUUUGACCCUGGAGGCUUCAGAUCUAUUUUCUUUCCUCUUCUGUUCUGAAAAACAAACAAAAAAACCAACCAAAAACCAGCCAAACCAAAACAAAACCCAACUCCAAACCUAUAUUAACCUGGCUCAAUAGGAGGCAUUUUCUUGAACUUAUUAAAAAAUUCAGACUUGUAAAUUAAUUUGUUCAUGUUGUACAAUGGCAGUGCAGAUGGACUCAUUAGCAUGCACACAACAAAUAAUUAUAGAUGAAUUUUUAGCUGGCCUGCUUAAUGGGCUUGCUGGGUUAAUUAUGUCAAUGUAUAAUUACAUCAGCCCUGGGAGACAUAAUGGCACACCCUGCUGAGCAGACACUAGCUAAUGAUGGUGUAAUGCUGACAGAGGGAAGACGGACGGCUCAGAAUGCACCUGCUUACCUCGGCACAAACAGCCAUUGUCUGUGCCCAAACUGGCCAGCGCUGGUGGCACUGGGGCCACCGUGGAUUUGGGGGCCGCUGGCUCAUGGUACUGGAGCCAUCAGAGUUGCAGGAGCCACCCACUGGCUUGGAAAGGUGAUGAUCCCCCAUGCAUCCUCACCAACACUUGGGACUGGUGAUGGAAAGUGUGAGGAACAGGGAAUGUUCCUGUGGGAUCGAGGUGUCCCACAGCAGCACCCAGCAGCAUGGGAGGGCACUUGGUCUGGUUUGAAGCAAGGUGUGGAGAGUGGCUCUCCUAAGGUGGGCAGCAGGUCCCUAGGAAAGUGGGAGAGGGUCAGUGUUGGCAUCGUUGCAGCUCUGUUCCACAUCCCAUGUCCUGCAGACCCUGCUCCUGUGCUGGAGGCUGCCCGGAGCCUGGAGGACCGGUUGCAGCAGCUCCAGCGCCUCGAGCCCGAGCCACCCCCACUGAAGGACCUCAACCGCCCCUGGAAGAAGCACCCGGAGCUGCUCAUCACCAAAGAGCGCAGAGACAGGACAUCACCGGCAGCUGGGCUUGCAGCAGCAGCUGAGCCCCCAGUCUCCAGCACUGACAGCAAAGCACCGUGCACAGAAACCUUGCUGCAGAGAAAUGAGGCAGAAAAGCAAAAGGGGCUGCAGGAAGCACAGGUCACUUUGGCUGCUCGUCUUGGGGAGGCAGAGGAGAAGAUCAAAGUACUUCACGCAGCAUUGAAGGCCACCCAGACAGAGCUUCUAGAGCUGCGGUGUAAAUACGAUGAGGAAGCUGCAUCCAAGGCAGAUGAAGUAGCCAUGAUCAUGACAAACCUUGAAAAAGCCAACCAGCGAGCAGAGGCAGCACAGAGGGAAGUGGAGAGCUUGCGUGAGCAGCUGGCAGCUGUCAAUAGCUCCCUGCGCCUGGCCUGCUGCUCCCCAACAGGCACUGCUGGGGACAAAGUGAACUAUUCCAUGUGCUCAGGGUCGAGGCUGGAGGCGGCGCUGGCUGCCAAGGACCGGGAGAUCCUGCGGCUCUUGAAGGAUGUCCAGCACCUCCAGAGCUCACUGCAGGAACUGGAAGAGUCCUCUGCCAACCAGAUCGCCGAGCUGGAGGGGCAGCUGGCCGCCAAGAAUGAAGCCAUCGAGAAGCUGGAGGAGAAGCUGCAGGCACAGGCAGACUACGAGGAGAUCAAAACAGAGCUGAGCAUCCUGAAGGCGAUGAAGGUGGCCUCUGCCAGCUGCAGCCUUCCCCAGGCAAGUGCCACGGUGGGUGCCGACCUGCUCGCCAGGCUGGAGCACACGUGCCAGCCCUGCCGCCGGUGCCUCCACCACCCUUUCCCAUCUCGGCUUGGCUCCUUGCAGAGCAUAUCAAAGGCGGAGGAGGCCCUGCUCCUAGGGAAGGAGGCUUUCUACCCCUCCCAGAAGUACCUGCUGGAGAAGCCCAACCUCCUGGCUAACACUGAGGAGGAUCACUCCGAAGAUGAGUCGGGAAAGGAUUCCUUGGGCAUGGAACAGCCGUACCCAUCCCCCCAGCACGCCUCAGCAGAUGAACCCACCUCUCCCACUCCCCUUCCACCUCUACCUGGCCCUGGCUUGGCCCCUGAUGGCCCCCGGACUUUCUCGAUGUCCCCCUUCCCAGGGGGCGAGCGACUUUCAGGGGACCCCAAGACUCCCCACCUCCCACCGCCCACCUACAAGAGCGAGAGUGCUGGGGGGACACCGUCCUUUCCCUCCACCUUCUUUGGGGCCAAAAGCAGCACUGUGCCCCCCAGCACCACACCAACUACCAGUGCAGCCAGCCCACCCGGUGAGCCGUCCGAGAGCAGUGCUGGCAGCUCUGCCGAGGAGGAGCAACUGGACACAGCCGAAAUCGCCUUCCAGGUGAAGGAGCAGCUGCUGAAGCACAACAUCGGGCAGAGGGUGUUCGGGCACUAUGUGCUGGGGUUGUCACAGGGCUCUGUCAGUGAGAUCCUGGCGCGGCCCAAGCCCUGGCGCAAGCUGACGGUGAAGGGCAAGGAGCCGUUCAUCAAGAUGAAGCAGUUCCUCUCCGACGAGCAGAAUGUGCUGGCCCUGAGAACUAUCCAGGUGCGCCAGAGAGGUAGCAUCACACCACGGAUCAGGACGCCCGAGACUGGCUCUGAUGACGCCAUCAAAAGCAUCCUGGAGCAGGCAAAGAAGGAGAUCGAGUCACAGAAGGGAGGGGAACCCAAAACUCCAUCAGCAUCACAGGCAGUGGCCAACGGGACAGGUGGCAGCAGCUCAGAGGACGCCAUCAAGAACAUCCUGGAGCAGGCACGGCGGGAGAUGCAGGCACAGCAGCAGGCGCUGCUGGAGAUGGAGUCGGGGGGCAGUGGGCACCCUGGGGACACGUCACCAGCUGAACGCUCCACACUGGCCACUGUCAACCAGAAUAUUGUCUCCACCUAUGUCAAGCAAGAGGAGGGGAGCGGGGCCAGCCCCAGCCCCCAGCAGACACCUCUGGCUGUCCUCUCACCUGCUGCCUUCGUCCAGAGCAUCAUCCGGAAGGUGAAGUCAGAGAUUGGUGAUGCUGGCUCCUACUUUGACCAGCACUGGGCAUCCGAGCGGAGCCUGCUCAGCCGACCCUACACUUCUGUCUCACCAUCGCUCUCCUCCUCCUCCUCGAGCUACUCCAGCAUGGCCAAUGGUCGGGGAUGGCCACGGGGAGAGCCUGGUGAGAGUGGUACCAACGAGGAUGAGCUGCCACCAGCAGAUGAUGAGCCCCACCGGCUGUCGGAGAUGAAGACAGAGGGAGCUGGCAUGGAACCAGCGGCUGGUGGUCGUCUCUCCUACUACCCUGCCUAUGUGCCACGGACCCUGAAGCCCACCGUGCCACCACUCACACCAGAGCAGUAUGAGAUGUACAUGUACAGGGAGGUGGACACUUUGGAGCUGACUCGGCAGGUCAAGGAGAAGUUGGCCAAGAAUGGCAUCUGCCAGAGGAUCUUUGGAGAGAAGGUGCUGGGGCUGUCCCAGGGCAGCGUGAGUGACAUGCUAUCGCGACCCAAGCCAUGGAGCAAGCUGACACAGAAGGGUCGGGAGCCCUUCAUCCGCAUGCAGCUCUGGUUGACUGACCAGCUGGGCCAGGGCAUCAGCCAGCAGCCGACAGCCUCACAGGCCAGCCCGGCGGAGCCCCAGCCAUCCCCCUCGCCGCCCCCCAGCCCCACUGAGCACGAGAAGGGUUGCCAGGAGCCACUCACCCUGGCCUUGGAGAGCAGCAAAGAAAACCAGCAGCCUGAGAGCCGGUCAACACCUGUCCUGGGUGGGAAGACAUACUCCAACAACCAGGGACCCAUGGGCAUCCAGGAGAUUGUUGCCAUGUCUCCUGAGCUGGACACCUACUCCAUCACCAAGAAGGUCAAGGAGGUCUUGACGGACAACAAUUUAGGCCAGCGGCUGUUUGGGGAGAGCAUCCUGGGCCUGACACAGGGCUCGGUGUCCGAUCUCCUCUCCAGGCCCAAGCCGUGGCACAAGCUGAGCCUGAAGGGGAGGGAGCCCUUCGUCCGCAUGCAGCUCUGGCUCAAUGACCCGCACAAUGUGGAGAAGCUGCGUGACAUGAAGAAGCUGGAGAAGAAAGCCUACCUGAAACGCCGCUACGGGCUGAUGAACGCUGGCUCAGACAGUGAGUCCCCCAGUGCCCGCUCCGAGUGUGCCAGCCCCAGCCUGCAGCCGCAGGACCUCAGCCUCCUCCAGAUCAAGAAGCCACGGGUGGUGCUAGCCCCAGAGGAGAAGGAAGCCCUGAAGAAAGCCUACCAGCUAGAGCCCUACCCCUCCCAGCAGACCAUCGAGCUGCUCUCCUUCCAGCUCAACCUCAAGACCAACACUGUCAUCAACUGGUUCCACAACUACAGGUCACGGAUGCGCCGGGAGAUGCUGGUGGAGGGUUCUCAGGACAACGACACAGACCCAGAGCAGAGUGGUGGGGUCGCCACUGCUGGGCGCCGGCCCCCCAACAGCCCUGAUUCAGAUGCUGAGGACCGUAAACCCGUCUUUGGGGGGAGCGAGCACCCCUGCUCCACCACCACCCCCAUGAAGGUGAAGGAGGAGCAGGGGCAAGCUGGCGGCUGGGGCCACCGACGGGACUCACACAGCCCAGCUGGGGCAGCUGAGGGGACAGGACCUCCCCAGGAGGAGCAUGGGUCUGCUCCCCAUGCCACCUCCCCCAGUGCUGGUAGCCUCCCGCGGCGAGGAGGCCGUGCUGGUGCUGCCACCGGAGCAACCGCACCCCCCCACACGCACCCUGACAGCUCCCAGUCCUCAUCAGGAUCAUCCCGUUGCAGCUUGGAGGUUUCCCCAACGUCACCCUCGGCCGCAUCCUCGCCUGGCCUCACCGGCUCAGCCUCACCGGGGCCAUCCUCUGCUGGGCCAGUUUCACCAGCACUGCCACCAGCUCCCGGCCCCCGGCUCAACACCAGCGUCCAGCGGCGCCACGAGAAGAUGGCCAACCUCAACAACAUCAUCCAUCGCUUGGAGCGGGCUGCCAACCGCGAGGAAGCCCUCGAAUGGGAGUUCUGAGCCCUCCUAAUGCCCUAAAUAUAUAUACACAACCCCCCUAUAUAUAUAUAUAUAUAUUUUGUUAUAUAUAUAUAAAACACCGAGAGGUGACCGGCAGCUGGCACCAUGGAGGGGAAAACCCAUGGAAAGGGAGGUCCCCACUACAAAGCUGACUCCCUCCUCCCCUGCAUUGUUUUAAAUGUGAAAAACUGGGAACAAUUUUAGCAGAGAAAAGAAAAAAAAACCCCAAACAAAAAAAUAUUUAUAGACCUCUUUUAGAUAUUUUAAUAAAAGGAUACUUUGGAAUUUAUUAACAGCUUAAGCUGCUUUGAUAUUAAAGAUAGCUCUAAAAAUCAAGAUGAUGUAGCAGUCGUGUCAUGAAAUGUACACUGAAGUCUUGUAGUUUGCCACUGGAUGAGAUUAAAACAAAAAGAAACAAAACACAAACUAAAAAUAAACAACAAAAAAACCAACAAAAAAACCAACAAAAAAACCAACAAAAAAACCCCAAAAAAAACAAACCCACAGAAAAGACUUAACUGAGCAAAGCCAUCAAGAAGCACUAUGAGACUGACCAAAUAAACUGUUCCCACCCCUGUCUGUAAGACACUGCAUCGCUUCUACCCCAGCCAGAGACUGCACCAUAGUCCCUGAAGACUCUAAAGUGAGACCCCCCCCCGAUGCCAUCGAGUAUCUGUUUAGUUCUGGUGGUUUAUGUUUUUGGAACCCUUUGUAACACAGGACGUCCCGUGCGGUUGUAUAUGUUGUAGAGAUGUCUGCAAUAGCCUUCUGGAACAAGAUGUAGCAUGGUCCCAACGCUGUCCCUUGUGCUUCCUCCAGCCGGCAACCGGUGGCAGCUCCGGUAUGGUGCAGUGCUCUCCUGCCAGCUCCCGAAGGAAGAGAGAAAAUGAUGAGAAGGCAAACAAAUCAAGCCCUGCUUGUCGUUUUGGGAGUGAGAGGAGAAGAGGUACCUGGGUGUCAGGCUUGGGGAUGGCUCUGGCUUGCUGGGGUUGGACAUCCAUGGAAUCCUGGUUCCCUAUGCUCUGUUGUAAUCCAUUUGGGAAAGAAAAAGAGCUGGAGCCUGUGAGCCUUGCCCCGGGGGCACUGAUGCUUGUGCAUGAGCACCCAAAAAUCAUGAGCCAUGUGCUCAUGAGGAGGUCAAACCCUCUUAGCGUCACAUCCAGUUUUGAGGCUGAAGCAUUUUUUUUUUUAGAGAGAGCAUCUGGGCAAGAGGAUUGUCCCCUUGCUGUGGCUGUAUCCCCAGGCAGUGGCUGCUGGUGGAGCUGGGAUGAGCCUUGGGGUGCCGCACCAGGCUUCUGCUUGAAUUGGGCAAGCUCAGACCUCAACUGGGCAAAGCACCAUCACUCUUGGGCUUUCAAGGGCUGAACCUGUGUGAAAGUGCAGAAGUUUGGUGGUGGCACCAUCCUGAUGUGCUCCUCACUGCCUCCCUGACUCCACUACAGCCAACCAGCCUGUGCCAACAAAUUGCCUUUAAAUAAUGUACUGUGGCCCAUGCUGGGCUGCUGUGCCCCAUCCCCUGACCACGUGGCAUCAGCCACCAAGGCCACCACUGCUGGGAGGCCUCCUCUGCCAGGCUCCAAGUCUAUGCAUUGACUGAUACCCCCACUGUCUACAUUUUUAUCACAAUAAAGGUAUUUUUCUAUCUGGGUGGUAGCUGAGGAGUGAUGCUAACAGUGGUUCUGCCAAGGCACAGCUCUCCUUGCCCACCUGCCCUGCCCCAGCAAGCCCCAGCUUGCCCACAGCCACUCUUCUUCCCUGCCACCGCGCCGCAGAAGGUUGGGGUGUGACUGUUGACUGCUCUUCUCUAUCAUGUGCUAGUGGGAGCUUUAGUGGAAUAGGACUCAAGGAAGCACUUAGGAGAGCCUUGAGCACGGCAAUCCUGUUGUAUCGAAGCUGGCGGGACAUACCGGUCACGUUUUUGUUAGGCUCAUCUACUGUACUUCAAAAGUUUCUAUGAGCUCGAUGAACUUUGUUUAACACUUUUGGAAGGAACAAGUUCUGUAAAGAGCCACUAAAUACAGAAGUUGGAUACGA